AUGUUUGGUCAUUUCAACUUUGCAUUGAAAUGGUUUCUCUUUACAGAGAAGCGUCUGGAUGAACAGAACGUGAAGAACAACAGUAAGAUUAUGGUUCUGCUGGUGAGCGAGCCGGAGAGGAAGAAACAGAUGGUGGAGGUGGAGGAGAAGAAGAGAACCCAGGACCAGAGUGUCCAGAGAACCCAGAAGGGCUUCCAGAUCCUCUCAGAGAGAGAUGGCACCGAUGACCCAGCCAUGACUCCAUUCCUAGAGAUUGCUGAUCAGAAGGGGAAUCCUCUAAGGCUGUGUGAUUUUUGUCCUAAGGCUCUGAUUCUAGCCAUGGGGUUCCAUGAGAAAGGCCGCGCUCUGAUGAAGAAGAAACAGUAUGACGCUGCUCUGUGCCACCUGGUGCAAGCUGACGACCAGUUUGGUAAGUGUGGCUCCAAGCUCUUGAGCACAGUGGACAACUAUGCAGUACUGCAGCUGGACAUCGUGUGGUGCUACCAAGCCUUGGAGGCCCUGUUCUGCUUAGAUGACAGCAAGCAGAGGCUGCAGAGGGCCGAGGACUGCUUCCUCAAGUGCUACGGAGACCGGCAGCAGAGGCUCAUGAAGAUCAAGGGAAACACCGGACGAGAGGAAGGGCUGUUCCUCAGGCUGUACCUCCUGCAGAGCAUACUGGCGCACUUGUGUGAUAAUGAGCACCAGGCCACACAGAAGCUAAAGCAGGCUGAGGAUCUGUAUGGGCGUCUGUGUCUGGACCCAGGGGAGAUGAAAGAGCUGAUGGAUCUGGGGUUCUCUGAGCAGGAAGCCCGUCUGGGUCUGAGGGCCUGCCAUGGCAUCGUAAACAAGGCCGCGCAGAAAAUCACCCAUAGGAGACAGGAGAGGGAGGAGAUGAAACGGAAGGAGAGUGAGAAGAGGAGGAGGCGUGUGGAGGACCUGGCUAUUCUCAGAGAGCUGGGUUACUCCAAGAAAGACGCUGCCUCGGCCCUCAAUCAGACAGACGGAGACAUGGACGGAGCCUACAGGAUGCUUCUAGAUUCCACCCAGGCUGAGUCUGCUGCUAGAACCAACAGCAUAGAGCUCCCCAUAGAUCAAUCCAGGGUUGAGCAGGAGGCUGCUGAGGACAACCAGGGGGUCCUGCCCCCAGAGCUGCUCUGCCCCUCUCCCGCCUCCUCACUGUCCGAGGAUCCCAGCACCUCCUCCGUGUCCACAGGGAGGACUGACAUGGAGGCCCCUAUGGACGUGGACCUGGUGAAUGAGGUGCUGGAGGACAUCCCCCUACACGAAGAGGACUACCUGGACAUGACCCUGGAGGAGGAGAGGGAGGUCAUAGCCAAUAUUAAGUCCUACCUCAACAAGAACUGUGCCUCCUCCAGCUAAAGUACUGUUCAGCCAGCAGCCAUUUUGAAAGCACUUUCACCACCUCCUAUUCCACAGGUGUUUGUUUUGAGUCUUUUUAGACCCUAAAUUAGUAGGUUUGUGAGUAGGUUUGUUUUUGUUUCUCCUCCACAAGCAAUAUAUCUAAAAUUGUAUCUUCUGUUUUUGUACUAAAGUGUUAUUGAGUUUAAUAACAUAAACAUUUGAAACUGGUUGAAUAUAAUUUAUGGAAGUAAACUGAC